AUGCGUGUAUAUGAAGUGGCCACAUUCUAUUCGAUGUUCAAUCGUCAACCGGUGGGCAAAUAUUUUGUACAGGUUUGCGGCACAACACCGUGUAUGCUUCGUGGUGCCGAAUCGAUCAUCGAAACGAUCAGCAAAAAGCUCGGCAUCAAAGUUGGCGAGACGACAAAAGACGGCUUAUUUACGUUAGCCGAAGUGGAAUGUCUGGGCGCAUGUGUGAAUGCUCCGAUGGUUCAGGCAUAUUUAACGCCGAAAGAUAUCUGCGAUAUACUGGAUGAAUUCAAAGCGGGCAAACGACCAAAACCUGGCCCACGAAGUGGUCGACUGGCAUCGGAACCAAUCACUGGUCCAACGACGCUUACGACACCACCAAAACCGCCCGGUUUCGGCUUUCAGAAGGGAAUAUAA